GGUCUGGCUUUCCCCACAUUGAGUCGCUCUGAUCGUUGAGACGCGCUGGAGGCGCACGGAGAGCAGAGCAGCCGUCGGACCGGUAAACCGACACCUGUCUGCCACGUUCACCACGUCCCAGACUUCGGCCAUGAAGAACAAACACAACCAGCCGGUGAUGAGCGCGUGUCCGGAGCGGCUCGACAACAUGCCGAGCUUCGAGGUGACUCUCCAGCAGCUCAAUGAUUUGCUGACGGACGACAGCGGCUUGUACAGCUGGCCGACCAAACACUUCCACGAGGUCUACCCGCGGAUCUACGUGGGCAACGCGUUCGUGGCGAUGAACGCGAUGCGUCUGAAGCGUCAGGGCAUCACCCACGUCCUGAACGCCGCGGAGGGGAACUCCUUCAUGCACGUCAACACCAACGCUGAGUUCUACGCCGGCACAGGCAUCGUCUACCACGGCGUACCGGCCAGCGACACCGACCAUUUCGACAUCAGCGUGUACUUUGAAGAGGGAGCGGACUUCAUCGAGAAGGCGCUGGCGCACAAAAAUGGAAAAGGUAAAGUGUACGUUCAUUGCAGGGAAGGCUACAGCCGCUCGCCCACCUUGGUCAUAGCCUACCUGAUGCUUCGCCAGAACAUGAACGUCCACGCCGCUCUGGCCACGGUGCGACACAAGCGAGAGAUCGGACCCAACGACGGCUUCCUUCGGCAGCUCUGUCGGCUGAACCAGCGGCUGGCUGCUGAGGGAAAGUUGUGGAACUAAUGAAGCAGCUAAGACUGUCCGUAAGAGAGAGCAGAGGUAUGCUUAGUGGCACAUCACUUUCUUUCACUCGCUCUACUGAUUUAACGAGCCGCAGGUCUGUGAGGGGAUGAUCUAGAGGGGAGGAUAGACAUUCUGUCUUAGACUAAGGCUGAUGGCACUAUGUAUGUAUAGUACAAAAUACUACACGCAAACCUUUGACACGAACAUACAGUAUUGUAACACUGGUGAUGCCGUGUGCUGAUCAUACCAGGUGCACUACUUUACUCAGCGUGUUUACAUCCUGAAUAUUACAUCUCUCUUAGUUCAGGUCUAAGUGACUAUAAAUAAUCAGUAAGCAUAUUUUACUUUAUUUCAUGUUCUGUAUGGUUUGGUGUGUUCCCCUGCUGCUCACUACUCCAGAGCACGAUGUCAAAGUAUAAAGGGAAUGUAAAUAUGCAUUUUAAAAAACCAUAAUGGUGUAACUGUUGUGAUACGGUCACCGCCUUUUCUCGUCCGGCCUUCUCGCUCCAUCUCCUUUCCUUUCCUUUGCGCCCUUUGUCUUGGCCUCACUCCUGCGAUCACUGCCACAUGUCUCAGUCCCAGCCACUCACAGAUUUUAAGUGGACACUGUGAUUUUCAGAUUUCAGGGGUACCAUUGGAUGAUAUUACAAUAUCUUUUGCUAAACAUGUUUUUAGAAAACUGCACAAUCUUUUGACCCGUCUACAAGUCUGCCUCAGAACUUUGUCUCAAGUUAAAAAUGUGUCUGCUGUCUUGUUGGUGCUUUAUAGGAAGUCCUGACACUAUUUCAUAUUGCAAAAUCAUUUGAUUUUUAAUAGUAAAUUGAAGAUGGUGAUACAGAGGGCCGGAGAGACAACUGAGACAUUUUUUUUUCUGGUGAUCAUCUAAGUCUGAUCUAAAUUGUUUUGUGUGUUUAUGAUUAAGAACAGCCGAACAGGUGGUUUCUAAAUUCCUUCAAUUGUUUAAUCUGAGAAACAGAUGGAAAAAAUGGUUUUCUUAAUACUUAUUACGGCCACAAGAGGCUGACGUGCACCACUGCCCCAUUUUCUCAAUAAAGACUAAUAGCGUUUUUUUUCAUGUGAGUUUUAAUUUACAUUACUUGCUAACACACACUAUGUUUGCCUUGUGUUUAGAUUGCAUGGAGAACUGGAAGAAAACAUGAAUGCUAUUAGUCCCAUUUAGAAGAUGGGGUAGUGGUGAACUUCAGCCUCCUGUGGCCGAAAUGAGUGUUACAACAACAAACUCCCUGGAAAAGAAAUGUCAAUUGUCCGAAUUAUUUUUAACCUGUUCUUAUUAAGUCAUAAACACAGCAGGAACAGUGCGGCAUUUUGGGAAAUAUUUUUUUUGAUCAUAUCUUCAAUUAUAAUUCACUUCCUUGCCAAGAGUGCAGUAAGACUAUUGAUGCAACGCCCCAUGUCUGUGUUGUAAAUAUGAAGCUAACGCCAGCAGCCGGUUAGCUUAGCUUAGCACAAAGACUGGAGACAGUGGGAAACAGCUAGCCUGGCUCCGUCAAAGAUGACACAACCUGUAAAAGCUAUAAAGCUAGGAACUAACAUUUUUUAUCUCAUAUCUCAAAUGUCGUGGACUGUUUUUUGGGACGGACACAGUAACCUCCCUUACCCACGAACAACCACAUAUUGUCGUUACACCGUGCAGAAGAUUAAACAAACAAAAUACAACAUGUUAAUAAGUGAACUUCACAGGAGCUGGUUAAGGAGCCGGGCUAGCUUUAAGCCUUUGUGCUAAGCUAAGCUAAGCUAACUGGCUGUAGCUUCACAUUUAGCCAUGACAGCGGUGCCAAUCUUCUCGUCUUAACUCUGGGCAAGAAAGCGCAGAAGUGUAUUUCCUGAAAGAAUUUCUUCAUUUGACUUUGGGAGAUUCUCACAGUGUUGACGACGUAAAGAUUAAUGCCAAAUGGUCCACUGAGUGGAACCAAGCCACCAGAGC